AUGGGAUUUCUCUUUAAAAAACGAAUGCCUUACUCAUAUAGAAAUAAAAUUUUGACGGAACCUAGACUCGAGACGCACUCACUAUGGACCAUCCUGAUGUGCUGAAAGUAGGGUCUUUGUCCCGGUGGAAGUAGGCCUUCAGGCUUGUGGAUGCCUUGCCAAAAGAGAGAAGUUUUAUUUGUCGAGAAGGUUUUCCCUGUCCCAGAUGGACUAUACAGGUUUUACCUACCAAAUAUCGGGACCAUCGGGGCGCUAUCUAAGAGCGGUCCAGGGCGAGCUAAUUUCCUGUAAAGGUGGCUAAAGUCGGAAAUUCAAGAUGACGUCCUCGGAUACCAUUUUGGAGCCGAGACGGGGUGGAUGGUCAGAGCUUUGGGGAUCGCUUAUGGCUGGAUACUUAAUAAUUUACUCAUAUUCUUUCAGAAAUAGUUUAUCUUCAAUCAAAGAGUCCAUGCAUAGAAUUAAAUUUUCGCAGAAAUUCCAAAAUUCCCACAUUUUGUCAAGUAAUUUUUCGAAAAAGCUGACGAUUCGACUUGAGAUGAAUUCACACAUGGGCUUAAUUCAGCUGGAGAUAUGGUCUUGUUUCAAGCUGGUUAUAGAUUCAUUUUCAGAGUUUCAGCUGGACGGUUUAAUCUAUUUAUAA